GGCGAUUGCUGUUUAGCUCUGUUAAUUUUGUAAUUCCGUAGUGGCGCCACCAGCGGUUGCUGCUUAGCCACUCUAUUGUCUCCCAUCCUCUUUUCAAAGGUGUCAUUUUCUGUGUCUUCUCCUGAUUUCCCAGUGCUAUACUGACAUCUUGAUUAAUUGACACAGCUCUGACUAGAAUUGUAUAGCCCUGACUAGAAUUGUAUAAAAGAAAACGUGACUAGAAGUUGACUAGCACUGAGGUCUGACUAGAGUUGAGGUCUUGACAGACGGAACCUUAAGCAAGGUACUAGUCAAACAUGUGUUAGAGCUACCUUGUCUAUUGCAUCUAAUAAUGUACUCAUUCAGUUGCUGUGAUAACGGUUCUUGCCCUCCUGACCUGGUGUUCACCCACUGUGUUGAGUGACCCAGUUGUAUCGUAAUCUUUAUUCCUCAUCCAAGCUAGCUCUGCUAGAUUGAUGAUAGAUGAUCAGAAUUCAUGACUUCGUUUUAUCGAGACUGACACAAUAUACUCGUGGUCCAUACAGUCCACUACUCGAGUACCAACCAAGCUAUCAUCUGGCCCUUCGAACCGGAGCACCGGCACGUUUCUGAAUCACGCUGUUCAGCAUUUGAUGUGACUCCAUCCUGGUGUUAAGCAGAACUGCCCACACCUUUCAGCAUUUAUUGAAUUGACUUCGGCCUGCCGUUAAGCAGACCUUCCCACGCUGCUCAGCGUUGAAUUGACCCGCCCCUGUGGCUCCUUGACAAAGACUGUCUGCCGUUAAGCAGACCCGACCAAGCCAACGAGAACCAAGUUGGAAGGAACUGACCAGUUCCAGCCAAGAGAAUCCUUUGCCCGUCAAGCAGAGCCGACUACUCGACGAGAACCAAGUUGGGAGUCCAGCUAUAGACAGACGGUGUUCCAGGACUCUAUUGCACCCUCUUUUCAACUGACUUAGACCCUGCCGUUAAGCAGGCAACCCAGUGGACGAAGAUUCUCCAUCGACGAGCAGCGCUACCAUCCACUACGUUGCUGCUAGCUCUGAUCCUUCGCCUUAUUCUAGCCUUUGUCAUUAUGGCGGAAGAUAUCGCAGCGCUCACCAUCGACCAAUGCAGGGGGCGCCAGAAGGUACUGCGUCAGAAGAUAACCGGAUGCUGCACCCGUAUCCGGAAGGUUAUAACCAAUAAGCUUUCGCGCCGUGAAGCCACCCGCCUCCUGGAUGACGCUCGCACUCUCCUUGGUGAUUCCGGCCCGAUCAAUGACCGUUUAUUGGAGCUGUUGGAGGAGGCUGAGGGGGAGCAACAACAAGAAUCAUUCCUGCGUUACGGAGGGGAUGUCGACGCAGUGGCGGACGAGGUGGCUGCGUACCUCUCUAGCCGAGAAGGGGAUAUAUCUUCCGUCCCUGGAUGGGAUCCUGCAGAUCCGGAGGUACUCGCCGCCCGACAACGAGCCCAAGAUGCCGCGAAGGUUUACGAGGAGGCCGCCCAAGCAGCCGAAGCAGCAUUGAAGGAGAUGGAGGCAGCCAAGCAGUCCGUUCAGGACCUAGGGGGUGAGAAGGCCCUGAAUGACGAUCGAGAGGACGAUUUUCGGUCGAUUAUCUCCGUACCCCCGUACAGACCAGUAGCACGAGUUCACGCGCCGGAUGAGUGGAUCGACGACUAUUGCAGUGGAAGAGAGAAGCCGUUCGUCUAUUCCGGUGAUCAUCGCCACACAUCAGUACGAGUAGACUUGGAGGUUUACUCCGGUCGCGCUUUGGAUUGGUUUGAGUGGAUCGACCUCUUUCACUCACUCGUACACCAGACCGGCAAGGCGCCUGGAGAGAAGCUGGCGAUUUUGAAGAGGAACGUACGGGGAGAGACGGCCGAUUUAGUUUACGGAUUAGGUGGAGGUGCGCUGGCCUACAAGGAAUCCCUCCGACGUUUGAAGGGGACAUGUGGCAGCCGUGCAGUUAUCCGUGCAGCACACCUACAGGCCCUGGAUCGAGUCGAGCCACCGACGCCUGCUACAUUCCGUAGAUUUGCUGAAAAGGUGAGGACUCACCUCUUCAAUCUCACCUGGAUCGGUGAGACCGGCCAUGCUGAUUUGAUCGAGCGACUCACACAGAAACUUCAGCCCCACGAUCGGUUACACUGGAAUGACGGCCAGCGUGGAGGAUUGGAGCGUCGCACCAUGAACGAGUUUGGCCUCUGGUUAUGUACGCGAGCGGCUGCGUACCAGAAUGCCUAUUCCAUUGCCGCCGAGCAGCACCAGAGGAGCAACAAUCCAGCGCGGCCACCCCAGGCGGUAAACAACCCGUAUCAUCAGAAGAGACAUUCACGGGCCCAUCAGGCCUCCACCAAUCACAGGGCCGGACCGGCUCGAGGGGCUCCUGCCCCUACCCCUCGUGAAGGAACGACACCAGCACCCAAAACUCCGUAUUGUUUUAAAUGUGAGGGUGAGCAUCGGUUGGCUGAUUGCCAAUUCUUCAAGAAUAUGCCCGUAGCUGGACGAAUGACGUUCCUGAUGGUGCGCGGCCUGUGCUACUGUUGCUUCGGCGUGCGACAUGGAGCUAGCAACUGUAGCUUCAAGAAGGAAUGCGGCAAGGAUGGAUGUAAGGCGUUCCACCACCCUCUGAUCCACACUGACCGGGGACUUCCGGAGAGAACGGGCACCUCACAUUCUGCCAGAGCAACGUCCGGUACCAUCGCCUUUGGGGUGAUCCGCCUCGACGCCAUGAAUGCUGACGGGGAGCUGGUGCCCAUUAAUGUCAUGUUGGACGCCGGGAGCAACACAACUUUCAUCCGCGAGGGAUUGGCUCGUUCGCUCCGGAUUUCGGGCGAGCGACAGACACUUCGAGUCCAGGGAGUAGCUGACGCGGCCUCAACGCACCCGAAUUCAGAGGAAUUGUUUCUUCAGCUGAUGACGGCCUUCGGUGACAUAGUGACCCUUAAGGGCUCGACCCUGAAGACCGUGACACAGCCAGUUCCCGUGUACAAUUGGGAGCAGCUUCGCCACCGUUGGACCCACCUUAACGACCUGCCACCGCUACGCAGCUCUGGCGGAAGAAUCGACGUCCUGAUUGGUUUAAACCAUACAAGUCUUAUAACACCGACAGAUUAUCGACUCGGAGCCGACGACGAGCCAGCGGCUAUCAAGACAAGGCUAGGAUGGACAAUCCUUGGUGUGUUGGGAUCAGGAUCGACGACGGAGGCCCUCUGCCACCGUGCCUUUGCCUCUCCAGAUGUACACAUCACAGCGGAGUUGGUGGAACAACUACGACGGUUCUGCGACACCGAAUCAUUCGGCACCGAGUACCAGGGCGCGGGAAUGUCCACAGACGAUCGACGGGCAGUCGAUAAGUUGGAUGCUGAAACCAAGAAACUGGAUGUGGGUUACCAGGCCCCAAUUCUCUGGAAGGAUGAAGAGCCUCCAUUGUUGCCCGACAACCGCAGUGUAGCUGAUUCUCGGCUUCGUCCGCUUCUGAACAAAUUUGCAAGAGAUCCAGCCUAUGAGACACACUAUCGAGAGUCGAUGGCGAAAAACUUUGCGGAAGGUUACGCAAGGCGGCUGUCUACCACAGAGGUCGAGGAGCGGCCAACUCGAUAUUGGCUACCCCAUUUUGCAGUGCCCAAGGUUGCUGGGCGCCCUGAGCUGCGGUUGGUUUUCGACGCAGCUGCUAAGUACCGAGGGGAG